CCCGGAAGUAAAACAGGUUUUGAUGAUGUCACGAAAGUUGCGCCAGUUGUCUGUGCCUUUUUAAACUAAAAUAACAAUUUUACUGACCGAUUUAUAUUACCUACUACAUACUCCGAGCAUACUGUUAGCUAUUUGUCCAUCAAGACUAGCUUCUCGAAUGUUUAGAAUCCAGAGUCUUUGGUCGCUGAGUUUGUCUGUCAAUGGAAAGUGAAAUACACACCGAGUGGAGCUGGGCUUUAGACGAAGAUUUACUUCAGAAUCCAGUUCCAGCAGUGACUCGGCUGGACUCUUCCCCAUGGAGCUCAUCCGCCGGGCCCUGGUCCACAGAGAGCGGCUUCCCGACAGCGCUGACACCGUAUGAAGAAUCCAACACGUUUACAGGCAGCAAUGAAACGCAGAGCCAAACUGUACAGACGGAGGAUUGGACGGAGGAAAGAGCUACGAACACAAAUGAGGACUGGGAGUCUGAGAUACGUACUUUAGUAGACUGCACUACUGAGUUGAGCGAGCAGUAUGAGGCUUUUGUGAAGCAGCAAGCGGCAGAGCAGGAGCAGCACAACCUUCAUGUCCACAAUCUGCAAAAGACUAGAGAUGACAGGAAUCAUCAGUACCAGGAUUUUAUUGAUAAAAUUGAGUCUUUGCAAGUUAAAUUGAAGCUAAAUAGCAGCAAAACCACACGGAAAAACUUCAUGGUAAAACGACAAGAGCUGACUGCAGAGAAGGACCGAAUGGAAGAGGAGAAAACUAGACUGGCUCAGGAGCUGGAGGGCACAGAAAAGAAACUUAAGAUGCUGAUUGAAGAACAGAGUCAAGAGAAGCUGUCCUGGGAGCAGGAAAUAGCAGACUUGAGGGUGGAGAUGGAGACGCUGUGCAGACAGGCAGAACAGGCCAGUCAGACGGUUCUUCAGGAUGAGAUAGCUGCACUUGAGAUGCAGGAAAAGCUAGCUCUUUCCCAAGUGGAAGACUGGAUUAUCGAUGCUGAAAAAUAUCUGAAUUUUCUCAGAUUAAGUCCUUCCCAGCAGCACCUGCACCAGCGGCAGAAGUGGGAGCAUAAUGUGGCAUUAGUUCGCAAUAGUGUGGUAGGGCUAAAGAAUAAGUAUAAUGAAAAUCAUCAACUCCUGCAGAGAGGGGAACAGUUGGACAGUUUACCUUUAGUCCAGCUGCCAUCACUUCCACCAGUGCCUACGUUGGAGAUGAUAAUGAAUCCUCUUCAGAAUACUUCGUCCCAUCCUGUUUUCAACAAUGGUCUACCAACUACAACAACUUCUCCUCCCAUAAUUCAUACCCAGCUCCACCAUUCGGUUACACCACCCCAGAGAGCCACACCACCACUUUCUGCCCCAUCUCCUCAAAACACACCAUACCUAGCCAACACUAUAGGUACACAAUCUUCACACGUCCCAAAGAUGUAUGGCCCUAUGACAACUCAUUUACCUUCCUCUCAAAUACCCAUGCAAACCAUCGGCCCACCUCCACCAUCAUCUCACGCUCCUGUCACACCAGCGCCACAUGCCUUACAUCAAACACAUGGAGGCGCCUCCUACGCACCCUCAGUUACACCAGCAAGCAACUUUGCUGCAUUAAAAAAUAGUCAUGGAGCCAAUUUUCAACCCCAAGCUGCAGUGCGUCUUCCCCAAACGUUCAUGCAAACCACAUCUAUACGAAACCCCUCCCCCCAGCCCCUUCCUUCCAAUCCGGCACCGGCAGGCAAACUGGACAAGCUGCUGGAGAGACUGGGCUCACAUUUCCCACAGUGCACAAGGGAUCAGUUAACUCGUGUACUACAGCAAAUCAAGAGUGAGCGUGGUACUAUGGCUGGCAUGUCGAUGGAUGAUGUCACUCAGCAAGUGGCACAGAGACUUGUACAGAACCAAAGACCGCCACCAGGCCCUAUAGCACCUCCAUCUGGAGCCAGAGCUUUUCCUGGUUCUGUUGGUCCAAUCCACCGUCCUGUAGCGCAUCCACCACAUCCCAUCCGGCCUCAUUUCCGACCCCCAGUUUCUCAGGUGUUUCACACAAGACCCCCACAGUCUGCUCCCCGUAAAUUUUGUUUAAUGUGUCAAAAUCCUGUGGACACUGCAACCCAGUACAACACAAACUGCUCCCAUAUAAUGCACAAAGACUGUGUUAGUGUUUGGCUGAAGACCAGUAAAAAUAAUUCCUGUCCCUUCUGCCCAUCCAAAUGAGGACCGACUUAAAGAAGAAGAAAAGAAAGUCACACUCAGCUGAGCCAAUACCUACAAAAAAGGGAAGUGUAAUGAUCAUAUUAAUAGUUAUCAAGGCAUUAAGUUUUGGUCAUUUCAUGAUAACGAUGUAGUUAAUUAUUUUUAUAAGGACAGCAUGUUGAUAUACUAAUUGAUGUUAUUUAGCAGAUCAGGGGAGAUCCUCUUAAUAUGAAUUAUACUUAUUUCAGUAUUCAGUGUUAUUCCAAAGAUUUUCAAACAUACCCUGAAGUAUAAUCCUCAUUAUGUAAGCUUUUCAUAAAGGUGUGUAACUUAAACCUCUGAAGAAGACGACGAUGUUUCUUUCACAACGUUUCCAAGUGAUACAAAACUGUACCUAGCUGGAAAAUGUUCUUUAAUUCUGUAUUUUAUUAAAUUAAGCAUCCACCUAGGCAUUUAUGUGUAGUUUUUAUACAUAAAACGACAAAUAAAUUGAUUAAUGACUUUGUUUUGAACUGAA